AUGAUCGACAUUUACCACAGAACCACCGGUUUGACUCCGGCUCACGCAGCAGGUCUCCGCCGUCUCUCUGCCCGCGCCUCCGCUCCAUCCACUCCUACCUUUAGAAACAGCCUUCUAUCUUUCUCCCCAUUCGCUGAUAAAGUAAUCGCCCAUCUAAAGAAUUCGGGUAUCAAAAUCCAACCGGGUCUCUCCGACGCCGAGCUAGCUCGAGUCGAAGCCGAGUUUGGUUUCUUCUUCCCGCCGGACCUCCGUGUUAUUCUCUCCGCCGGCCUCUCCGUCGGAGCAGGCUUCCCAGAUUGGCGUUCUCCCGGAGCUCGUCUCCACCUCCGUGCCAUGAUCGAUUUACCAAUCGCUGCUGUGUCGUUCCAAAUCGCGAAGAACAGUCUCUGGUGCAAAGCUUGGGGUUUGAAACCACCCGACCCGGAAAAAGCUUUACGGGUCGCGAGAAAUGCACUGAAAAGAGCUCCUUUAAUGAUCCCCAUUUUCGAUCACUGCUACAUUCCUUGUAACCCGUCUUUAGCGGGUAAUCCGGUCUUCUUCAUCGAUGAGACCCGGAUCUUCUGCUGCGGGUCGGAUCUAUCCGAGUUCUUCGAGCGUGAGUCUGCCUUUCGCAGCUCUGAUAUCUUCUCGAGAACCCUCACAAAGCAGCGCUCGCUGAGCGAGAAAUCGACUGGGUCAGCGUCCUCGAAUUUCUCCAGGAGGAGCUUCGAUUCAGGUCGGACUAACGGAUCGGGUACAUCGAGAUGGGUGGAAUUUUGGAGUGACGCGGCGGUGGAUCGCUGCCGGAGAAACUCUGCUUCCUCGUCGUCGUCUUCUUCUUCUACUCACUCUUCUUCAUCGCCGGAUUUUCCCAGAACAGAGACUCCGAAAUGGGUAAACCAGUACGUAAACCGGAUCGGAUCGGUUUUGAGAGGAGGCGGGUGGAGCGAAUCCGAUAUUGAUGAUAUUAUCCACGUGUCAUCAUCUGAUUUCGUUGAGGGUGACAUGGUAAUUAUGGAUAAACAAGCGGUGCUUGAUGUACUUCUCUUGAAAGCGGGUCGGCUUUCGGACUCACUCCGUCAAUCCGGGUGGAGCUCGGAAGAAGUUUCGGACGCGCUUGGUUUUAAUUUUCGACCGGAGAGGGAGAGGAAACCGGUGAAGAAACUCUCGCCUGCACUCGUGGAACGAGUUGGAAAACUUGCUGAAUUGGUCUCCCGGUCAUGA